AUGGGUAUCUUUGCACGUUUUUGGACGACAGUCGUCACUAUUGGCCAUUGGAUCACCCUCUCCCCUUUCAACAAUCAUGAAGGUUAUCAACAGCCCAUUGGGGGCAAAUUUCCGGUGUCAAUCGACCUUCCAAAUGCUAAUCGACCGCGACCAAUUUUUUCGCCGCCAGGCUCCAAUAUCCAAGGAUUUCAUUGCGACUACUCGGCAAUGGGUCCGAACUGGAUCGACUGCUCUACCACUAUUCCUGGAUGCUGGCUCAAAAACACUGUAAAUGGGGAACAACUGGAUGUUACUACAGACUAUGAAGAUCCCGCAUUGACACCGAUCGGUAUCACCCGCAACUAUACCUUGUACGUGACGGAGAAUAACACAAUCAACGCCGACGGUCUCGACUUCACGGACGCAAAAAUGUUCAAUGGCACAUUUCCUGGUCCAUUGCUUGAGGCUUGCUGGGGAGAUACUGUCAAUGUCACCGUCGUGAACAAGAUGACUUUCAACGGAACCAGCAUUCAUUGGCAUGGUAUUCGCCAGUGGAAAACUAUGCAUAUGGAUGGCGUCAAUGGGAUUACACAAUGUCCCAUCGCACCUGGCGAUAGUUUCAGCUACGUCUGGAAGGCCAUGCAAUACGGCAGCUCCUGGUAUCACAGUCAUUACUCAGUACAAUAUGCUGAUGGACUACAAGGACCCAUAACACUCCAUGGCCCCACAACCAUGUCCUACGAUACAGCCAUAUCACCUUUGAUCACAUCGGACUGGCUUCAUGACAGUGCCUUUCAAGCCGAGUUCCAAAUCAGUCCCAAGGCCGAUCCAACAAUCCUUUUGGACGGAACCGGUAACAUCACGCGCUUUUAUGGACAUAACAUUCCUUCGGAUCCACCAGGAUUCAAUAGUUCUACAAUACCCAAAGGUUUCGAGAUGACUUUCAAUUCGACAAGUCCAAACAACCAAACAGGUGCAAGGCGAUAUCUGUUGCGAAUUAUCAACACAUCCUACGCUACAGAAAUUACUUUUUCUAUUGACAACCAUUAUCUAGUGGUUGUCGAAGCAGAUUUUGUCCCAGUGCUACCUAAAAACGUCACGUCAAUAUUGGUCGCUAUCGGUCAAAGAUACCACAUCAUCGUUGAGGCGCAGCCGGCUACUCUCGGUGCAGCCAAUCCGAUAGAACCAAAUGGCAAUUACUGGAUACGAACCAACACCUCGGGAUGUUUUGACGAUAUCAAGGGCUCAAUUACCGGUUACGAACGGACUGGGAUACUGCGGUACACCAACAGCACUAGUGAACCAACUAGCAGUACUUGGCCAGACAUUGCAGAAUUGACAGAUUGUUACGACAGCCUUUCUGGGAGCCUGCAGACCGCAUACAAUUGGACUGUCACCGCUCCUCAGAACGGUUUGAGCGGGUCACUUGGCCAGGGCGGGGAACUAUUCAACGUGGAAUUCAAUUCUCCAGGGAACACACCGCAAUAUGCGGCGGCAUUUGUUAACUUUCAGCGAUCUCCCAAUGCUGAUUUCACACCCUUUCAAACUACUUACGGCAACCCUACAUUCCUAAAUCUCGACAACACCGCAGAUGCUUGGCCGGUCGGUUGGGUGGUUGUGCCUGAGAGCUAUACAGACGACGACUUUGUAUCAACACCUCAAAUUGUUAAACAGACCAUAUUGACUCAGGUGUUCCAGAUCCAUCUGCACGGUCACGAUUUUGCGAUCCUUGAAUACGAAGCUAACGCAACCUUUGAUGUACAACCUUGGAAGGCGCCCUAUAUUGGUCCCGUGAGGCGUGAUGUUGUACUCCUACCUCCGAAGGGCUAUGCUGUCAUCGCCUUCAAAACCGACAAUCCAGGUGCUUGGUUAAUACACUGUCACAUUGCGUUCCACGCCUCUGGGGGACUGAGUCUCCAAAUCCUAGAGCGACAGGCCGAUGCCAAUGACAUUUGGCCACCAGGAAACUCCACAGCACUCUCGGUGGCCAAUCGACUCUGCUCAAACUGGAAUUCAUGGGCUUAUGACUGCAAAAACUACUGGCCCGGAGAAGUCAACGGAUCCUAUCCGGCAUGCGACAAUGCUACUAUACUUCAGAAUGACUCUGGGGUCUGA